AUGGGCGGAGAUGAUGAGAGCGACGGUCGGUCAUCGUCAAAGGAUGCCAAGGAGAAAGCAGCGUCUCGAGCAGCCCAAGUCUCCGAACAUCUAGACGCAAGCAAGCAAGGAUCUGGACGUCGUCGACGCCGGAAGGCACAGGACGAUGCCCUUCCAGCAGACUACAGCGAUGUUCUUGGACAAUUGCAGAAGCUGCGCGACUUCGCUGCUAACCCUGACACUUCGAAGACAGGCUACAUUCGACAUCGAGAGGCAGGCAAACUCUGGGUACGGGAUCGCAUCGACCAGCUUCUCGACAAAGGAUCGUUCCGAGAAAUCGGCAGCGUGACUGGCAAAGUGAAGUGGAAGCAGACUGGCCCACUGACCGAAGAGGCCGAGCAGUUCCAGCCCAGCAACAACAUCAAUGGUUUUGGUACGCUUGACGGCAGGCGAAUAUGCUUCUCUGCAGAUGACUUCACGAUCCGUGCUGGUCAUGCUGAUGGAGCUCUGUUCGCGAAGACAGUCUACAUGGAGAAGUUGGCCUUGCGACUCAAGCUUCCCAACAUCAAACUUGUCGAUGGCUCGUCGGGUGGAGGGUCAGUCACAACGAUCGAGACGAACGGCUAUGCAUAUAUACCCCCUAUGGACGGAGCGCACCAGGUCAUCCAGCAGCUGAACGCUGGCAUACCUAAUCUAGGAGCCGCUUUAGGGACGGCUAUCGGUCUAGGGGCAGCACGGCUGGUCGUGUGCCACUUUUCUGUUAUGGCAGGCGAUGUAGGAUCUCUGUUCAACGCUGGACCACAAGUCGUCGCCAACGCCACGUUCGAGGAAGGUCUAUCUUUCAGCGAGCUCGGUGGUCCAGCCGUGCAUUGUACAAAUGGUACGAUAGACAAUCUUGCUGCAAACGAAGUAGACUGCUUCCGUCAGAUUAGGACCGUGCUGUCGUACCUUCCCAACUGCGGCACCCAGAUCCCGCCUGUUGUGACCUCUGACGACCCUGUUGAUCGCCCUUCACCAGAGCUGCGGACGCUGAUACCUCGGAAACGGGAACGGAUGUACAAUGCUCGGAAGAUGAUCACGACUAUUGUCGACAAUUCAUCGUUCUUCGAGAUAGGUGCACUUUGGGGUCGGACGACUAUCGUUGGUCUUGCUAGGCUCGGUGGCAAGCCUGUGGGCAUUAUUGCUAACAAUCCCGAAGUCGCUACCGGUGCUCUAGAUACGCUUGGCUCGCAAAAGAUCGCAAGACAUCUGAAGUUCUGUGAUGUGUUCAACAUACCUAUCCUGCAAUUUGUCGAUGUGCCAGGCUACGCAAUCGGCACCGUCGCCGAGCGGACCGCCACCAUGCGCUGGGGAGUAGAACUUUGGAAGUCAUACUAUAGCACAACAGUUCCGCUAUUCAAUGUCCUCGUCCGUAAAGUCUAUGGUGUAGCCGGCGGCCUCAUGGUCGAAUGUCGCGACCCGCACUUCCGCGUAGCCUGGCCAAGCGGUGAAUGGGGCAGCCUACCACUCGCCGGCGGCAUAGACGUCGGGCAUGCAGCAGAGUUGAGGAAGAUCGAGAAAGAGAAGGGUCUCGAGGCGAGGAAGGAGAGGUAUCGAGAGCUGGAUACGAUGUACAGGCGACUGAUGAAUCCAGUGCGAACGGCGAACAUGUUUAGUGCGGAGGAGAUUAUUGAUCCAGCUGAUACGAGAAGGGUAGUUAGUGAGUGGUGUAGGUGGGUAUACGAGACGGAGCUGCCGGAGAGAGUGAUCAAGAGGACGACAGGGCAGCUACAGCCGACCUUUGCAUGA